AAAAAGCCUCUUCCAUCAUCUAUUUAAGCCAACUUCGCACACCCAUUCCAAUCAAAAACAUCUACAGGUAAUCACAGUCGAUGAAGUUGGCAACCGGUUUCCGAUUUUUCCCGACCGAAGAGGAGCUAGUUUCGUUCUACCUACGCAACCAGUUAGUCGGCACAACGCAACAGAUGCACCUUGUUAUCCCUGUUCUCAACAUUUACGACAUCGAGCCAUGGGACCUUCCUCAGCUUGCAGGGGAGCUUUGUAGAGCAGACACCGAGCAAUGGUUUUACUUCACACCGAGACAAGAGAGGGAAGCUCGGGGAGGGAGGGCUAACCGAACUACGGCUUCUGGAUAUUGGAAGGCAACGGGAUCUCCCAGCUAUGUCUACUCAUCAGAUGAUCGAGUGAUCGGAAUGAAGAAAACAAUGGUUUUUUACAAGGGAAAAGCUCCUGCCGGGAAGAAAACUAAAUGGAAGAUGAAUGAGUAUAGAGCCAUAGAAGCAGUUACAACUACUCCAAUGUUGAGACACGAAUUCAGUUUGUGUAGAGUCUAUGUGGUAUCGGGCAGCUUUCGAGCAUUCGAUAGACGGCCCCUCCAGCAUGUGUCACGGGGAACACAACUUCACGACAACAGGACUGCAACAUCUUCUGAAAGAGCCUCUAUGAUGGAUAUAACAUGCCUCUCGUGUGCUUCACUUUCUGGAGGAGACCAUUUCGAUCCACCCGAAGCAAGCGACGAUGAUAUUUGGGAGAUGGUUAAUGAUCUCGAAGAACCUCCCUUGGGAUGGGAAUGAAUGAGCUGGACCUGAUUCAAGCAAACAUCAGUAAGCAAGCAGCCCUUUAUGUGACUCGAUAUGAUAAUACCACAAACAUGAGCAAAAUCUAACUUUAGAAAGUAGCGGUUUUCAUCCUCGGACAUGUAGGUUAUCGGAGAUGUAAUAGAAAAUAAGCGAAGAUCAAAAUCAUUUUAUGUAAAAUGGGAUUAAUUUUUUUUUCUUCGAGAAAUCGGAGCUGGGAAAAAUCCCAUUGUUUCUGUACA